AUGAAUGAACAAGAUAAUGAAUAUGAGCAAGACAAUGAAUAUGAGCAAUGGUUAAAUAAAUGGUACAGCGAGUGUCGUCACAAGUAUAUUGACCUCAUCGGUGAUUUUGGAGGUAGCGAAUUAUUCGUGAUAGAAGGUGAUAGUUUACUUUUCAAAUUCAUCUAUGAUCCUGAAUCCGAUUUUCUGGAUUUUAGUCAACCUUUUUGUGGUGGUCAAUUUUUGGCUCUCACCUUUUUGGUCGAAAAUUUUCUUAACAAACUCAAAGAACGUAAAUGUGUCUUUAAAGUCGUUUUCUUUGAUGAUUAUCAAUCUCUAUGGAAUAAUCGACCAAUAUUGCGAAUCGCCAGGGAAAUUAUUAUUGAUCAUUUAAAAUCUCACGAUAUUGUCGUUAACUUUAAGAAUUGGUGGUCUCCUGAAUGGAAUGAAUAUUUAAUCAACAGGCAACCGUUGUUUACUCUAGUUGGUGAUGGUUCAACAGAGCAUUUAGAAAUUGACAUUGACGGAACGUGUAAAGAAAUUCUGGAUGAUUCAUCCCUUCUUGGGAUCGCAACAGAGAAUUCCUUAAGGAUGACCAUUGUGUUUCGAGCAUUCUUGUUUCAUUCUCUUCACGUCGAUUUACCUGUCGCACUUUUGCCCGGAAUGGAAUUUAGAGAUACACGUGCUUACGCUUUCGUAUUGGAAAAGAGUCGAAGUAUGGGUCCCGAAAUUCUAAAUAAAUCAGUUGAAUUAGCCAAGAAAGUACUUCAAGUGUAUGAUGAAAAGUUGCUGUGGUUGAAAGGACCAGUUAUGGAAUUCAAUUUGAAUCCAUCUUGUAAGGAUUUGUUAACCUCUCAAGAAAGUUUACAAGUAUGGUCCAAUGGUGGGAAAAGGAUCGCACUUAUUUUAUUAUCUCUGACAGGGGUUUUAUGCAAUAAUAUUGGUCGACCAGACUUUAAAUAUCUAGCAAAGACUUUUUUGCUUCACACCAUUAUCCUAGAUUACCUUCCUUUAAACUCAAGGACCGCCCCACCAGUAAAUGAUGAUGAACAUGUUCAGAGUUAUAACAGGAUUCAACUAUUCUUAAAAGUUUUUUACGAUUAUUGUGCUAAAAUUUAUAUCAGUGGCAUCCUUCUCGAUUCGAUCAGAAAUUUUCAAGACUUAAAUAAGAACCUUUAUGACCUUGUUGAUGCGAGACUUUUCGCAUCUUUGAUCAAAUUUCAGUAUGAUGAUGAAUUGAAUUUCAAUGUUUUACCUACUGAAAUCAAGAAUCAAUUUGAAGAUUGUUGGAACCUUUUAAAACGAAUUUGUGAAUGUAAUGGGAAUUCUUUAAAUCUCGAUGAUGAUGAAAAAUUCAGAAAAGAAUUUCCAAUUGAAUUUAUUCCAAAAUCAAGUUUAGAACUUAACAACAGAAUGUCUCUUCUUCCUUUUAAUUAUGAAUUCUUUGACGAAUAUCUUGGGGUUAUGGAUUUAUCACUUCCCGAAAAUUCGGGUAUAAAAAUUGCCUCCGGUCAUUAUGGACUUAAUAAAAACGUUUAUUACGAUGAUACCACUCCUUGGACUUCUAAAAACAAGAUUGAAGAAAAAAAAAUAUCGAGUAAACAUGCAACUUCUUGGAAACGUAGAGGGUAUCAACAAUAUGUAAGGUUCAUGGAAAAGUAUGCGGAAUCAUUAAAUGGCACGCAAGUUAAGAAAGAAUCUGCUAGUGCAAAAGCUAUGAAAGAAAAAAUCAAAAAGGAAAAGUUAGAGAAAUCCCUGAAAGAAUCUGAACAGUACCUAGAUAAUUUAUUGAAAGAAUUAAAAGAUAAAAAUCUCAAUAAUCAAAUUAGUAUUUUGAAUACCGGUCUUGACAAAGAAAACAAGCUCGAACAUCAACUCACAAAGUUUAAAGGUCAAUUCAAGAAAUUGGAAUUAUUGGUUAAACUUUGGGCUGAGCAAUGUAAAGGUCAUGGCGUCGUGAAAGAUUUUGCAGUUCCCAUAGAUAUAUUAUAUCAAGUUUUUUAUAUUGUGCAAAAUUUUCCAGAAUAUCUGGAUGAUAAAAGGAAAGGUAACUUGAUUGAAGUUCUAACUCGACUUAAAUUAAACAGUUGUUUAAACAAUUGUAAAGAACGCCUGAACAAGAAAAAACCUGAUGCUGAUUCAAAAGGAAAAGUAGAACCGGUCAAGUUUAGAUUACCCAGGGAUUCGAUUGAUUUAUCCAUUGGGAUGUCUGAUACGAGACUUCAAAUGUUAUACGCAGAUCAUUUAAUGGAGCGAAAUACGAAUUCUGUAGAAGAUCCUCGAGUCCCAUUUAAGCCAGGCAAGUUUAAAAAAUUAAGGUCAAAAUCAACUUUGUAUGAUUGGCAAGUUAAAGUUUUGGAUAUAAUUGAUAAGGAUGAAUCUGCUUUGAUUUGCUGUCCAACUUCAUCGGGAAAGACGUUCAUUUCAUUCUAUGCAAUGGAAAAAGUUCUCAAAGAAAGUGAUGAUGGAAUUUUGAUAUUUGUUGCUCCUACCAAGGCUUUGGUUAAUCAAGUAACGGCCGAGGUUUAUGGACGUUUCAAGAAAUCAUAUGAACACUCCGAUAAAACAACUUGGGGUAUACAUACUCGAGAGUACCGCGAGAAUCAUGAUAAAUGUCAAAUUCUUAUCACAGUUCCGCAAAUGCUCGAAAUUUUGAUUUUGUCUCCAAAAAGCGCGUCAUGGGCUCAAAACAUAAAGAGGAUAAUUUUUGAUGAGAUUCAUAUGAUUGGAUUUGAAGAGGGAGAAUUUUAUGAUCGUUUGCUUUUAAUGAGCAAGUCUAUUCCUAUUUUAGCUCUUUCAGCUACAAUUGGAAAUCCAGAAAUAUUUCGUGAUUGGUUAUCUAAAUCCACGGGUUCAACGAGGUUAAUUAAAACAACCAAAAGAUUUUCGGACUUGCAACAAUAUGUAUAUUUACCAAAAUUUCCGUUGCCCUCGCUUCUUGAGACUACAGUAAACCCUAAGGAAAAUCAACGACGAACCAGUAGUAUAGUCCCUAUUAAUCCAGUAUUCUCUCUGUCAAACAUCAUUUUGAAAGAAUUUGGAAUACCUGGUGACAUGAAACUUAUUCCACCUCAAUGUGUUCAACUCUGGGAUGUGAUGAAAAAAUUUUCGGGCGAUAAUCCACCUCGUAGACUUGUUGAAUUGGAUCCUGAUGUUUAUUUUAAAAAUAUUGGUUAUAUUGUUAAAGAUGAUGCUGAUAAAUACGAACAAGAACUUAAACAAGCGUUUGAAGAAUUCUCAAGAGAUGAUUCUUUAAAUGAAAUGACAGAGUCAACUAUUGAAGAGUUGGGAACUGGUAUUAAAAAGGGUUUUGCAGAUUUAGAAUCAAGAGCUGAAGGUUUAGAUGUUUAUGGAGACGAAUUUUACAAAGAAGCAAUGGUUCCAUUAUUAUGUGAAUUAUCAGCACAGGAUAAACUUCCCGCCAUAUUGUUUCAUUUUGAUAGGAAAGGUUGUGUAGAGCUUGCACUUCAUAUUUUUGAACAGUUAAAAUCGGCAGAGCAAAAGAAAAGAGACGAUGAUCAAGUAUAUCAAUCCAAAAAGAAAGCCGCAAUAGCAUUGAAAGAGAAGAUUGAAAAAGAUUCAAAGAGAAAACGUGAUGCUAAACCUACUAAAACUUCUACUAAGGAAGAAGAUCCUCCAGGGUUAGAAGAACCCAUGACAAAAAUUUUUGAUUAUGAAGCACAUGAUCCCGAUUUCACUUUUGUUAAAGAUAAGGAUCGAGUUUCUUCGGAUGAUUUUGAAGAGAUAGUAGGACCAUUACGCAAGAUGAAUAAUCAGUCGUUAGUUGAAGCAUUGAAAAGAGGUAUUGGAGUUCAUCAUGCAGGCCUACCUAGAAAAUACUUAAGCGUAGUUGAAAUUCUCUUCAGACGACGUCAUUUACGAGUCGUCAUCGCGACUGGUACUUUGGCUCUAGGUAUAAAUAUGCCAUGCAAGACAGUUAUAUUCGUUGGAGAUUCCGUGUUCUUGGGUGCUUUACAAUAUAGACAAAUGAGCGGUCGAGCUGGUCGUCGAGGUUUCGAUCUUCGUGGGCACGUGAUAUUUUUUGGCAUAAAUAUUACAAAGAUUAGUAGACUUUUAAAGUCGGGAUUACCAAACCUUUCUGGUCAUUUUCCUUCGUCUACGACACUUGUAUUGCGUACUUUUAAUCUUAUGAAUCAAUGCAAGACUAGAAGUUCCGAUUAUAAUUAUGCUCAAAAUAUUAUCAAGGGACUAUUUUGCGAAUCUUUAUUUUCUCAUGGUAAUCAAUAUUUAUCUGAACAAGUUAAAUAUCACUUGAGGUUUUCCAUAGAAUACCUAAUGCGCGAAAGUCUUUUAGAUAGAAAAGGCAAUCUGAUAAAUUUAUCAGACAUGACUUCAUAUCUAUAUUAUACGGAACCAAGGAAUUUCGCAUUCUCUGCAUUAUUUAAACAAGGAAUCUUUCACAAAAUUUGUAAAGGAUCUACAAAUGAAGCCGUAAUGAAUGAAUUGAUCUUGGUUCUUUCUCAUUUAUUUAAUAGAAUUAAAUUACGAAAGAUUUCAGGAGGCUUGCAUCAAACUACAGAAUAUCCUUCAAAAGUUAUCCUAGAUCCCUUACCGGAAAAUAUUAGUAUUGUUUUAGAAGAUUAUAACAAACGCGUCUUGAAUAUAUAUACUGAAUAUGUAGUUACUUUCGCAAAACAAAAUGCUUCUAAAUUGGGACCUAACAAUAUUUUACCUUUAUCGUCCAUCAAAAUUCCUCCAAAAUCCAUGGAUCAAUCUUUAAAGAAUGAUCCUUUGAUUUCUAAACUUGAAUCUGAGGCCAUUUCAUUUGCUGCUCGGUCUCCUUUUAUUUCCAUGUGUAGUUCUCUUGGUGAUAUUUUCCAAGAUUUAGAGGAUUUAACAAGUCAUAUUCACAGUAAAAUAUAUUUGGAUCUUCAAAGCAUACCUUAUUUUAAGAAAGAAGAAAAUCUUAAUGCGUAUAUAAGCGAUUUUUUUUCUCAUGGUCAGGAAAUCGCUCUUGUUAAAGCAAAUGGAAUAAGCCGCAGCGAUGUUUGGCAGGUCUUAAAAGAUUUUCAUUUGAUUCUUUUGUCAAUAGUUAAUUGCUUACAAGAAAGAAUUAAUAAAUUUGCUGAAAAUUUAGAGUUUAAUAGCAAUUUGAAAGAGAAUGAUGAAAUAGUUCUUAAAGGAUUCGAGAUGAUUCAGAAACAUUUUGAAGAUAAAUUCUUUGAGAUUUGGGCUUGA